UAUCAGCACCAGAGCAGUGAUUGAGAGCGGAGACAGAGAGAGGAGGAGAGGCGCAAGGAAAAGCAUGUCGUGCCGGAGACUGGUUAAGUCAGAGCAGCGUGAUUGAUUCUGGCAAGCAAGGAUAAAAAAAGAAAUAAUAAAGAGGGAUCUAGAGAGUCUCUCGGAGCGCAAAAUCCCGAGAGGAGAACGGGGGUGUAAGUUAGAAGGCUGUGGGAACUCAUCAAGUCCUCGUGGAAAGACAGAGCUGAGGUCAGCAGGCUGGAGUGUGGGAUUGAGCAGCAGCUGAACCAAACCCGGACAUUGCCUGGGCUGGGGGUGGAUACUCUUUUUGAGAGGACGUAGGGUGAAGGAAUACUGCUGAAACUUCAGCUUCACUCAACGUGCACCUGCUUGUGGGAGUAACGCUUCUGGAUAUUACAGCAAGGCUUCGGGGCAAGCUGUCACAUCCACUAGAGCGAUUUUGCAAAUCCCCUGUCUGAUUGACUUAAUCCUGAUCUUUUAUGUGAAAGAGAAAGACUAACACUUUUUAGAGCACUAGAGCGCAAGUUCAAGGUGCUAUUCCAAGAGACAUGAUAGAGAAUGAAAUAAAGAGCGUGGCUUCCGUUCCAGAGCAUGGAGAAGUCAAGUAGUGAGGAAUCCGCCAUCCACCGUAGCCCCUCUGUGGACAGCCGUGACUCAGACUUUGCCCAAGCCUCCACCUCUGGACGGCCGUUCGGAGGACGAGGUUUUACCGCCGGUGCCUUUUACGGGUCCACUGGGCCACGUGCACAAACCGCUGCUCAGAGUGGAGCGGCUGCCGACGAUAAAGGCAGCAAUAAGUACAAGGCUCCUAAAGGCAGCAAAUACGUGGUCUUUUACCUGGAUCUAUCCUUUGUGUUCCUUCUAGAGUUCAAGAAGUGCAACAUGGCGAGAGGCUGCCUGUGCUGUCUAAAAUACAUGAUGUUCGUCUUCAACCUCAUCUUUUGGUUGUGUGGCUGUGGGCUGCUGGGAGUUGGAAUCUGGCUGUCUGUUUCUCAAGGCAGCUUCGCCACCUUCUCCCCCUCCUUCCCCUCUCUCUCCGCUGCCAACAUGGUCAUAGCCAUAGGCGCCAUCGUCAUGGUGACAGGCUUCCUCGGUUGCCUGGGCGCCAUCAAGGAAAACAAGUGCCUGCUUCUGAGCUUCUUCAUUGUCUUGCUGAUUAUUCUGCUGGCUGAGCUGAUUUUGCUCAUUCUUUUCUUCGUCUACUCUGAUAAGGUCAGUGAGAAUGCAAAGCAGGACCUGAAAGAUGGCCUUGCCCUCUACAACACAGACAACAACAUUGGGCUGAGAAAUGCCUGGAAUAUCAUCCAAGCUGAGUGGAAGUGUUGUGGUGUCACCGGGUACACAGAUUGGCAUGAUGCUCUGAAAGAAAAGGUUGUGCCUGACCGCUGCUGUCAAGAACAUUAUCAGGAGUGUGGCCGCAACUCCACCAACAUGUUCUGGACACGGGGCUGCUACGAGAAGGUUGAAGAGUGGCUUGAAGAUAAUAAGCACCUACUUGGAACCAUCGGCAUGUGCAUCUUGGUAGUUCAGCUCCUGGGAAUGGCCUUUUCCAUGACAUUGUUCCAUCAGAUCCACAGAAGCGGGAAAAAGUAUGACGCCUAACGAGGUCGUUUCUCAAGGGAGGAGCCCUGGUGCAUUAUGGGACAAACUGUGGAGAACUCUUCCUCCCCUUGUAUCUAACUCUCCCCACCGGCCAACCCUCUUCCCAUUAAUUCCCCAGCUUACACCAUCCUGUAUAGACUUCAGUCACGGGCCGUCUCCUGUCCGCUCUUUCUCCCUGCCAAAGACAGAAAUGAGCAACUCUUUCGGCCAUCAUCCUCCCCGUGAGGCUUCUGA